GGCGAGUUAGACCUCCCAGCCUCACGGGGCUGCUGUGCGGCUGCGGCGACGCUGGCGACUGCGGCGCUGCGGCGGAGACCGAGGGCUCGGGAGGCGGCGCCAUGGGCUGGUGAUUGCAGCUGGAAGUGCCCAUGACCGAACUGGUGUCCUCCAGGGGCAGGUCCCCUGUGGGGGACGGGGAGGAGGGUCUGGGGACGACCAAGGCCUGGUCAUCCACCACCCUGCGGAGGAGCAGCCACACCGCUGCCUGCUGUGUGGCCAGACCUUCUCGCAGCAGCCCAGCCUGGUGCGGCACAGAAGGCCCACGCCGGGACGGCCGCGCGGCCGCCUUCGUGUGCCCGGAGUGUGGCAAGGCGUUCAGCGUCAAGCACAACCUCGAGGUGCACCAGCGCACGCACACCGGCGAGCGGCCCUUCCCCUGCCCGGAGUGCGGCCGCUGCUUCAGCCUCAAGCAGAACCUGCUCACGCACCAGCGCAUCCACAGCGGGGAGAAACCGCACCAGUGCGCGCAGUGCGGCCGCUGCUUCCGCGAGCGCGCUUCCUGCUCAACCACCAGCGCACCCACGCGCGCAUGCCCGCGCCGCACCCGCCCGCCCCGGGGUCUUCGGGGAGCGGCGGCCCUACUUCUGUCCCCGCUGCGGCAAGAGCUUCCGCGCGAGGGCUCGCUCAAGACCCACCAGCGCAGCCACGGCCAUGGCCCGAGGGCCAGGCGGCCCAUUUAGGCCGCGUGCUAUGACGCACGCGUGGCCCGCCACCACUGGCUGCCUCCAGUCCUGAAGCCCUGGAGAUGGCGCUGGGCUGCGGCCCGCUC